AUGGGUUUGAAAAUGAAAUUAGUUGAGUGUGUUGUGUACCAUUGCCCAAUUCUCUCCAUGGCAAAUGUUAGCAAAGAGACAACUCUCUGUUCGGGUAUUCAGCUCUCUGUGAACAACAUUAGGUGCAGGAACCAAAUCGGCGCCAAGUUCUGGGAGAUGAUAUGCAACGAGCACAGCAUCAACCACACCGGCAGCGGCGGAAGGUACGUCCCAUGCGCUGUCCUCAUGGAUCUGGAGCCCGGCACCAUGGACUCCGUCAGAUCUGGCCCCUGCGACCAGAUCUUCCUCCCUGACAACUUCGUCUUCGGCCAGUCCGGCGCCGACAAAAACUGGGCCAAGGGCCACUACACCGAAGGCGCUGAACUCAUCGACUCGGUCCUCGACGUCGUCCGCAAAGAAGCCGAGCAUUGCGAUUGCUUGCAAGGGUUUCAGGUGUGUCAUUCGCUUGGGGGAGGGACUGGCUCCGGCAUGGGGACGCUGCAGAUCUCCAAGAUUCGACUAAAAUUCUACAUAAUCAGAGGUAAAAUAUACAAGAAAUGUACAAGAAAUGGCGAGGAUCUGAAUUCGAGAAAGCUCCUGUUCAUUGCCAGUGCUUUGUUUUCUUGUCAUGGUGGUAGUGAUGGAUUACAUGGUUAUGUUCCUUCUCUUGAUCAUGUGGUUGCAGACACAGAUGAUGAUGGUGACAAUGCUUUUCAUAUCAAGUGGUUGAACGCUGUUUAUAAGAUAUUAUAA